CAGGAGCAGAAGCAUGGUAAACACAGUGAGGAGGAGGGUAAAGUUAAACUGCUGGCGUUAACCCAUCAUGGAGAGCAUCUCUGCGCACUGAUACAUGAGCUACGGGUCUGUUUUGGAGAAAUCACUUAGGCUGAUGUUCAUCUGCGCACUUUUCUGGAUUGUAUGCGUUUGGUUUAUCUGUGAAGACAUGGAGUGAAGCGUUUUGCGCACCGGUCAGGAAGGAUGCCCGAGCGAAGAUGUGCACCAGCCGGAAGAUCAUCUGGAGUUUGUUGGUUCUGUCGGUGCUGGAGAUAGGGCUCGGGGUGUCCAGCAUCGCCCUGGGCGCGGUGGGCAUCAGCCGGGCCAAAGCGGAGCACAAGACCCAGCAGGGCGACGCUUCUCCGGUAUGGAGCGGAGUGUGUUUUCUUAUCUGUGGACUGUGUGGCAUGCUGUGUGCACGGAAAAGGACAGGACUGAUUAUGAUAUUAUUUUCCUCUUGCUGCAUUUGUGGCUUAAUCGGUGGAAUCCUGAACUUCCAGUUUGUCCGUGCUCUGGUCAAGCGUCCAGACGCCAUGCGCUCUCUUCAUUUGGCCGUCAUGUCUCUGGCAUGUCUGGGCAUCAGCAGCUGCACGCUGUCCACAUGGCUGACCUGCAGACUGGCCAGCAGCGAACAGCAGCGCAUGUUUCUAGAAAGAGAACAUUCACUACAUCACUCGCACGAAAUGGCAGAGAAGGUACGCCUGGAGCUGGAGGUUUUGGAUAACACCAGCAAUGGCAUCUCUCAAAUCUCCUACAACGGACGGAGCGCUUCGCCGUGACAGCUCGCUGCCCACUCGCUCUUAACAGCACAGUUCUUCCACCUGAUUGGCUGAGUCAGGCUGACAGUUCUUCACUCUGAUUGGCUGAGUCGAGCUGACAGUAGAAGCACAAACGGUGUUCGCAGAAUAUCCUGUAGACGGAGCGUCAGAUAACAGUAUCGAGCAGACAGACAGCCAAUCAGUGUCCAGUUACCUGAUGACCUCAGGAGAGGUCAGAGCUGAUGACCUUGACGACUAGCGUACAGAAAACAGACAUUUGAGUACGAAACAAGCAUGCAAUCCAAUUUCUCUCUAUUUCUAUAUCUCUUUCUCUCUCCCUGUAUCUAAAUAAAGGGAAUGUUGAAUCUGAAAUUGUAAUCCUGAUAUUGUAUGGUAUACUGAAUGCUUUUAUCCUGAUCGUAUAAAUGCACACUGUAAAAUGCCUGUAAAGAUAUUUAUUAAUUUACAGUAUUUUUAUA